CAACAUACUGAAAUCGUUUUGGCAUGGAAACCGCGAAGCCUUUGGGCGCACCUGUUGACAGCUGCUCCAAGGGGAGAAAUGUUUUUUGUCUUUCCUGGAACUAGUAUUUGUUGCGUGAAGCUAUGGGGUAACAUGUGGAGGCUUGUAUUUUGUCAUGAAUAUUCCUGCUCUUUUUGCUGUAAAAUAUUAUGAUUAGUCACUCAAAUUAGGUGGAAUAUACAGCUUCUAUUAUUUAUAUUUUAAACUCACUUGGAGCUGAUUUCUUCGUGUGCGGAUGUGGACAUUAACUGGACUUGUUCUGUUCACCACAAAAAUGAAGACAAACUUACUUAUUUUAACCUGAUAUCUCUACAGUAAUCAAGAAUCUUGCGUUAUCUUUUUUUAUUUAAUUGCUUAGAUGCUCGCUCGAUUUUAUCUAAAAUUUUCAUGUUAUUGUAAAUACCCGCCAGCUUAGCCGUGUGAAUAGGCCCAUUGCAGUAAUGCAAACAUUGAAAGACUUGCUGCAGAAAAUAAUGUAGGGUAAAUCGUCUCGGGAAUAUAGAAGCGUUUGGACAGUUUGCCAUAAGGAUAAAACAACUUAUCAUCUGAUGAGCGGAUGAAGAGUUAAGACACCUAAACAUCAUACUUGGGAAUAUUAAACAUUUCCGUGAGGAACGAGUGAACUUGAAGGGCACAGAUGGCCGGAGGGACACUCAGUCCUCGCCGUGGUACGAUGGAUAAGGUGGAACAGAUCCUUUCAGAGUUCAGGCUGAAUAAGGAAGAUCUCAAGGAAGUCAUGAAGCGGAUGCAGCUAGAGAUGGGCAGAGGACUACGUUUAGAGACACAUGCGGAAGCCAGUGUCAAAAUGCUUCCGACUUAUGUCUGCUCCACCCCUGAGGGAUCAGAGGUUGGAGAUUUCCUGGCUCUUGACCUUGGAGGGACCAACUUCCGGGUGAUGCUGGUGAAGGUGGCGGCAGAUGAGGAGAGGAGCUGGAAGGUGGAGACAAAGACUCAGAUGUACUCCAUUCCUGAAGAUGCAAUGACGGGCACUGCUGAGAUGCUGUUUGAUUAUAUUGCAGAGUGUAUGUCAGACUUUUUGGACAAGCAUCACAUUAAGCACAAGAAGCUCCCUCUGGGGUUCACUUUCUCCUUUCCUGUACGACAUGAGGACAUUGACAAGGGCAUCCUGCUGAACUGGACUAAAGGCUUCAAGGCAUCCGGAGCAGAAGGAAACAAUGUUGUGGGUUUACUCAGAGAUGCUAUCAAGAGACGAGGGGACUUUGAGAUGGAUGUUGUUGCCAUGGUGAAUGACACAGUAGCCACCAUGAUUUCCUGUUAUUAUGAGGAUCGCAGCUGUGAAGUUGGGAUGAUUGUUGGUACUGGUUGUAAUGCGUGCUACAUGGAGGAGAUGAAGACUGUGGAGCUGGUCGAAGGUGAAGAGGGCCGGAUGUGUGUGAACACCGAGUGGGGGGCAUUUGGAAAAAAUGGAGAGCUGGAGGAGUUCAGACUGGAGUACGAUAAAGUGGUUGACGAGACCUCAAUUAACCCCGGACACCAGCUGUACGAGAAGCUGAUCAGUGGGAAGUAUAUGGGUGAGCUGGUCAGACUCGUUUUGAUGAAACUGGUGAAUGAAGACCUGCUGUUUAACGGGGAAGCCUCAGAGCUGCUGAAGACACGAGGCAGCUUUGAGACGCGCUACGUCUCACAGGUGGAGAGUGACAUUGGGGACAGGAAACAGAUCUACAACAUCCUGUCCUCGCUGUGCGUUCUGCCAUCAGAGCUGGACUGUGACAUUGUCCGUCUGGUCUGCGAGAGUGUUUCCACUCGCUCUGCUCACAUGUGUGGCGCAGGGCUUGCUGGUGUCCUCAACCUGAUGCGUGAGCGACGCAGUCAGGAAGCCCUGAAUAUCACAGUGGGGGUUGAUGGUUCUGUCUACAAACUGCACCCAUGUUUCCGUGAAAGGUUCCACAAAAUCGUCAGGGACCUCACGCCUCACUGUGAGAUCACCUUCAUCCAGUCAGAGGAGGGGAGCGGUCGUGGAGCUGCUCUCAUCUCAGCAGUGGCCUGUAAGAUGGCCGCAUGCAUGUUGACACAUUAAAAGGGAGCUGUGCGUCGAGCUUGUGAAGCGAGCCUGAACUCUGAUCUGAGAACUUUGAUGACAUGUCAUCCACAGAUGGCAGCUCUGGUCUUCUUCGAACUGUGAAAGAUAUGAAUCUGCAAACUGGAAACUCACCACUGGAGGAUGUAAUAUGAAGAAUGCGGCAAAGACUUGUAUUAUAGACUAUAUUUGGUAGUAUUCAACUUAACCUGUAGCAAUUUACAUGUUUCUGAAGUUAAAGGAUCGGUUUGCUGUUGCACUCACAACAUAAGCGGCAUGAAAGCGCUUUAAAAAAGCAUGCUACUUAUAUAUCACCUAUCGCCUGUUGCUGAUGUUUGGGUAUGAAUGAUAGUACAAUGUAUGAUUGUAAAUUAUAUACAAAGUGCAAACGUGUUCAUGUUCAACACAAGGAUUGAUUUUGUAAAUAAUAUUGUAAGACAUGACUUAAUCUGGUUCACUGCUUUGUUGUUUAUUAAUUCUUCUUGUAAACAAUGAAAUGUUUCUUUUUUUUUUCUUACAUUGUUUAUUUAAAUCUUAUGUUUAUGACCUUAUGUAUGUCUGCCUGAAGGUUGUAAUUUCUCAUUUUUGCGUUAUAAAAUGUACUUGAUGUGAAUAUGCUUACCUGUAUAUAGAAUUACUUAAAUAAACUGAGGUAUUGUACAU